AUGUUUCCUUUAAAAGACACUGAGAUGGGUGCCUCCACCUUCUUUGCCUCAGCUCUGCCACAUGAUGUUUGUGGAAGUAAUGGCCUUCCUCUGACACCUAAUUCCAUCAAAAUUUUGGGGAGAUUUCAGAUCCUUAAAACAAUCACCCAUCCCAGGCUUUGCCAGUACGUUGACAUUACCAGAGGUAAACACGAGAGACUGGUCGUGGCAGCUGAACACUGUGAAAAGAGUCUGGAAGAUUUGCUACGAGAAAGCAAGCCAGUCAGUUCUUCAAGGAUCUUAUGCAUAGCAUAUGAGGUUUUGCAAGGUUUGCAAUAUAUGAACAAACACGGAAUGGUCCACCGAGCACUCUCCCCUUGCAAUAUUCUUUUGGAUCGAAAGGGACAUGUGAAAUUGGCUAAAUUUGGACUUUACCAUAUGACUGCUCAAGGUGUUGAUGUUGAUUUUCCUAUAGGGUACCCAUCAUAUCUGGCACCUGAAGUAAUUGCACAGGGAAUAGUCAAACCAAGUGAUCAUACUCAGUGUGAGAAGCCUCUGCCUUCUGGCCCUAAAUCAGAUCUGUGGUCUCUUGGUAUAAUAUUGUUUGAGCUGUGCAUGGGGAGAAAAUUAUUCCAGAGUUUGGAGAUAGCAGAAAGAUUUAAAUUUAUAAUUAUGUUAGGCUGUGUAGAUGAUAUUAUAACUGUAUUGGCUGAAGAACAUGGCUGCCUUGAUAUUAUUAAGGGCCUUUCUGAAAAUAUCAUAUCUCUGCUGAAGAAAUGCCUUACAUUCCAGCCCUCUAAGAGGCCAACUCCAGAGGAAUUGCUGCACGACAGUUUGUUCAGAGAAGUAUCCUCAAUAUAUCCUCUCUUCCACAAACCUGCUGGUCUGUUCUCAUCUUCUCCAAAGUGUGCUAAUUUAACGCUUCCUGAAGACAUAAGUCAAUUAUGUAAAGAUGAAGACAGUGAUUACCUAGCAGAAAGAUCAAUUGAAGAGGUUUAUUAUCUCUGGUGUUUGGCUGGAGGAGACUUGGAGAAAGAACUUGUCAACAAGGAAAUAAUUCGAUCAAAGCCACCUGUCUGCACGCUUCCGAACUUUUUGUUAGAAGAUGGUGAGAGCUUUGGGCAAGGACGAGACAGAAGUUGCCUCCUAGAUGACACAACUGUGACUUUAUCUCUGUGCCAGCUCCGAAAUAGGCUGAAAGAUGUUGGUGGGGAAGCAUUUUAUCCAUUGCUUGAAGAUGACCAGUCAACUUUACCUCAUUCAAAUAGUAGUAAUGAGCUGUCUGCAGCUGCUAGUCUUCCUCUGAUCAUCCGGGAGAGGGACACAGAAUACCAGCUAAAUAGAAUUGUCCUGUUUGACAGGCUGUUGAAGGCCUACCCAUAUAAGAAAAACCAAAUUUGGAAAGAAGCCAGGGUUGACAUUCCCCCUCUUCUGAGAGGCUUAACCUGGGCUGCCCUGCUGGGUGUUGAGGGUGCCAUACAAGCGAAGUAUGAUGCCAUUGAUAAAGACACACCGAUUCCUACAGACAGACAAAUUGAAGUUGAUAUUCCUCGUUGCCAUCAGUAUGAUGAAUUGCUGUCAUCACCAGAGGGUCAUGCAAAGUUUAGACGUGUUUUGAAGGCCUGGGUUGUUUCCCAUCCUGAUUUGGUGUACUGGCAAGGCCUUGACUCUCUUUGUGCACCAUUUCUGUACUUGAAUUUUAACAAUGAAGCUCUGGCGUAUGCCUGCAUGUCUGCCUUUAUUCCCAAGUAUUUGUAUAACUUCUUUCUGAAGGAUAACUCUCAUGUUAUUCAAGAAUACCUGACGGUGUUUUCCCAGAUGAUUGCGUUCCAUGAUCCAGAGCUGAGUAACCACCUUAAUGAAAUUGGGUUUAUUCCAGAUCUUUACGCUAUUCCUUGGUUUCUUACAAUGUUUACACAUGUCUUUCCUUUGCACAAAAUUUUUCACCUGUGGGAUACGUUACUACUUGGAAAUUCCUCCUUCCCGUUCUGUAUUGGAGUUGCAAUACUUCAACAACUGAGGGAUCGUCUUCUGGCUAAUGGAUUCAAUGAAUGCAUUCUCCUUUUUUCAGACUUGCCAGAGAUUGACAUUGAGCGUUGUGUUCGUGAGUCAAUCAACCUGUUUCGCUGGACCCCAAAGAGUGCUACAUACAGGCAAUAUGCACAGCCUCCACGGCAAGCCAGUGAGAGCAACAGCACAAGGAGUUCAACGUCCUGCUUUUCAGCAGACUAUCAGGAAGCACCUCGAAGUGACCUG